AUGAGUCCAAUUCACACCCAAGACUUCUGGCUCUUUGGCUAUGGGAGCCUGAUAUGGAAACCUCCCCCACACUUCGACCAGCGGAUUCCAGGGUAUAUCAAAGGUUAUGUUCGGCGCUUUUGGCAGGCAAGCGAGGACCAUCGCGGGACUCCUGACGCCCCGGGAAGGGUAGUCACGUUGAUUGAGAGAUCCUUUUGGGAAACGCUCGACGACCCUCAACGCCAUACGGAAGGAGACGUCGUGUGGGGUGUCGCCUAUCAUAUCAUACCCUCGAGAGUGAAAGAAGUCCAAGAGUACCUGGAUAUUCGCGAAAUAAAUGGAUACAGCAUCCAAUACACUCCAUUUCACCCAGCCGACACUUUGCUUGCAGAUCUGCAUUGCCUGGUCUACAUCGGUAUGCCUGACAACCCUCAGUUCUUGGGUGCUUUGAAGCCGGAUGAAGUUGCAGAAACGAUCAACGCCAGUAUCGGUCCAAGUGGAGAGAAUAGAGAAUACCUGCUGCAUCUUGAACAGGCCCUGAAAGAACUGAGUCCAGACAGCCAUGAUGAACAUAUCACAGACCUUGCCCGACGAGUCCGAGCUCUCACCCCACCUCUUAGAAUUCCGCGCCGCCCGUUCGCACCUGACAACACCUUGCGAAAAGUCAACAGUACUGAGGAGCAGGAGGAGAUAGAGAAGGAAGUAUGA